AUGGCGAUUUGGCACUGUGACGUCGACGACUGCUCGAAGCCUGCGGUUCGAAUACAUGGGGAGUGCCCGCUAUGUGAGCGCCAUCUCUGCUCUAAGCAUGUUGAAAGAGAAUUCCACAAGUGCCCGACGUGGAACGAUGAAGCCGCCUAUGACCCUGCUGCUCGAAAUGCAGAGGAAAAAGAAAUGAGAACGCUCUUUGAGAAAAUUAACACCUCUGCUCUGGUUUGCCGGGCGAGCCUUCUUCGCAACGGAGUGCCAUGCCAGGUCGUCAACCCCCUGCAGUAUGAUAGGACAACCCAAAGCUCGGUGAUGGGCGGUAUGAAUUACCAUGUCGAACUUCGGUUUGAUGACGGCGUGAGCUGGAUAGCCCGUAUUCGUCGAUGGAAUGCAACCUCACCUCCGCCGAAGCUUCGGGAUGCCAUCAUAGCUAGCGAGGUGUAUACGCUGAAAUUCCUUGAACACCUGAAUAUCCCGACGCCGAAAGUGUUUGAUUUGUUCUGGAGGGCGACAGUACCGUAG